AUGACUACAGCUACUGAUUUAACUGUUACCUCUCCAUCUCUGAGAUUCUCGGACGUUGCAACGACACCUGGUUUGCAUUGCAUGACCGUCCUCCGGGUGACUGUUCCUCCAGAAUUUAGCCGACAUGGGAAGUCGUGUAUCGAAUAUAAUACCAUUACGCUGCCUGAUGGCAUCGGUGGCCACAUCAGUCAAGCGGACUAUCUGCAGGAGUGGGAGCAGCUGUGCUAUCGCCUCGCCAAAUGUUUAUCACCGUAUCAACUGCGGCUCGCUCUCACGAUAUCAAAUCCAAAUUUUGAAUUCAUCGCCUCUAUGCUUCAGCCUCUGCUUAGCCUGCCGCCUUUGAACAGCUGUGACAUUUCCCUCCCUGGCUGGAAAUUUGAUUCACGGUUAUGUUUUAUGAGUACUACCCUGCUUCGAGUAACUGGGCAAAUCGGAUUUGACGGUACUCAGUUUCCAUUCACGCGUCUUCCUCAUGAGCUGCAGCUCCUAGUGCUUGAGCAAUCGGACCUUGUGCUUCCAAACAGAGAUAUCGUGUGGUCAGCUAAGUACCGAUUACAACAUUUCGCCUGCUGUUUACGUCAUUACCAGGGGAGAAAGCCGCAUGGGGUUGGCUCCGAUUCCCCCUUCCUUUACAGUAGCACUUCACCGUGCUGGUCACCGCCACGAGCCCUGUUUCAAGUCAGCCGCGAAAUGAGGGCACAAGCGUUGCAUAUAUUCCAUUCGAAAAACACUUUCGCUUUCAAUCCCUAUUAUUUGAACAUUGAUACGGAGCUCCUUCAUUGCCCGAGUGACUCUUUCCAGAGUUUCCGAUACAUCAAGUUCCACUUGCCAGCGGCUUGCAUUGGGCUACUUCAGCCAAACUGGAAAGGAGUAUUGGAAAUCAUCGCACUCACAAUGGACUUGGCGAAACUCACAAUAGAGGUCAAUAUAGGUCUUUCUAAACGCUCGCAUCUACGCUACGUGCAAAGCUUGAAUAGCGAGGAUGGUGCCCCUGACCCAACUCCACAUUGGUGGUCUGUGUGCGAACAGGUCAUGGCGCCCUUCAUGAAGUUGAAAGAGAUGGGCCUGCGGAAACUAAUGGUUAAUGUCCAUUGGCCAUGUGUGUUGGGUGAAGCUGCCGUUCUAACGGUGCGGGCGUCGGUCCUAGAAAAGAAGACGAUGGGGCAUGAAUAUAACGGCCUGGGGGUUGCGAUACCGUGGCGUAAUAAUCUCGGGUCCCAAUACUGCUUUUGA